UGGAGAGGAGAGGAAAUUAAGUAUCGUUGUAAGUAGAUUAAAGAAAAAUGCUGAAGUCUCAUCAUGUGUCUUCCAAUUCCAGUUUAGAGGCUGCAGUGUUUGUAAACCCAAAGCUAUUUCUUUUGAGUAAUGCAAAGACGACUUUGCUUCCAGUAAGAUGGGAGGGUGGGAGACAAAAUGCAAAGUCUCAUCGUCUACGCUUGGCCGGGCGGCCUGCCACCGUAAUCAAAGCCAGUUCCGUUGCCAGUUCAACGGAGAAGGCGGUUGCGGUUAAAGCUUUCGUGACAGUAAAAAGAGUUUUAGGGACUGGGUUGUAUUUGGAACGAGGGCUUGAUGAAAUUGCUGAUCUUUUUGGUAAAUCGAUUAUUUUGGAGCUCGUCAGUGCUGAGGUUGAUCCUGUAACGGGAUUGGAGAAGGCGACAAUAAGGAAAUAUGCUCAUAAAGAGGAUACGGAACGUGAUGAGAUUAUCUACGAAGCAGAUUUUGAAAUUCCUCCAGAUUUUGGUUCAAUUGGAGCCAUUUUCGUUGAGAAUGAACAUCACAAAGAGAUUUUUCUCAAGGAUGUUGUCAUCGAAGGCCUCCCUUCUGGCCCUCUAAACUUCGUCUGCUCUUCUUGGGUUAAUGAGAAGGAUCAUCCCGACAGCAAGAGAAUCUUCUUCACCACUAAGUCAUAUUUGCCAUCCAACACUCCUGAGGGCCUAAAAAGACUUAGAGAAGAAGAGCUCAAAGCUUUGCAAGGGGAUGGCGUUGGCCAGCGUGAGGUCCACGAAAGGAUAUAUGACUAUGAUGUCUACAAUGAUCUAGGCGAUCCCGAUAAAAAUCUCAAACUCAAAAGACCUGUACUUGGUGGAAAACAAUUUCCUUAUCCUCGUCGAUGUAGAACCGGACGCCCACGUUCUAAGGAAGAUCCUUUAUCUGAAUCAAGAAGUUCAGACAAUUAUGUGCCACGAGAUGAAGCAUUCUCACCCGUGAAACAAGCAACUUUUAGUGUGAAGACACUGAACUCGUUGCUAAAGGGGCUAAUACCGGCUUUGGAGUCGGUUUCUACUGACACUGAUAUAUGUUUCCCACAUUUCCCUGCAAUAGAUGAUCUUUAUGAUAAUGGAGUUCCAUUGCCUGCUGCCAAAGGCGGUUGGAAGCAGAUCGCUACUGCCCUUCCAAGGCUUAUUGACUCUGUUGUUGAUAGGGCUGAGGAUUUCUUGCGUUUUGUUCCUCCUGAAACAUUUGAUAAGGACAAAUUCUUUUGGUUUAGAGAUGAGGAAUUUGCUAGACAGACACUUGCAGGUCUCAACCCGUACAGCAUAAGGCUUGUUACGGAAUGGCCAUUGAAGAGUAAGCUUGACCCUGCUGUUUAUGGUGAUCCUACAUCAAAAAUCACUAAUGAAAUAGUGGAGCAACAAAUCAAAGGUUUCAUGACUCUGGAUGAGGCUUUGAAAAACAAGAAGCUAUUUAUACUAGAUUACCAUGACCUCUUCCUACCAUAUGUAGCCAAAGUACGAAAACUUAAAGGCACCACAUUGUAUGGUUCAAGGACAUUGUUCUUCUUACACAAUGAUAGCACUCUAAGACCGUUGGCUAUUGAGCUCACUAGGCCACCCAUUGAUGGCAAACCACAAUGGAAAGAAGUUUUCACACCCUUUUGGGAUGCCACUCGUAUCUGGCUUUGGAGGAUUGCCAAAGCUCAUGUUUUAGCCCAUGACUCUGGUUAUCACCAACUUGUUAGUCAUUGGCUUAGAACUCAUUGUUGUGUAGAACCUUACAUAAUUGCAUCAAACAGACAACUGAGUGCAAUGCAUCCAAUCUAUAGACUUUUGCAUCCUCAUUUUCGAUACACCAUGGAGAUCAAUGCACUUGCCCGUCAAUCUCUCAUCAAUGCAGAUGGGAUCAUUGAGAGUUGUUUUUCCCCUGGAAAAUACUCAGUAGAAUUUAGUUCUGUUGCUUACAAAGCUCAAUGGCAGUUCAACUUAGAAGCUUUGCCUGCUGACUUAAUUAACAGGGGGUUGGCCGUUGAGGACCCAAAUGCACCACAUGGACUGAAGCUUGCUAUUGAAGACUACCCUUUUGCCAACGAUGGCCUGAUCCUUUGGGAUGCCAUCAAAGAAUGGGCAACGGAAUAUGUCAAUUACUAUUAUCCAGAUCCAAGUCUUGUUAAGGCAGAUGAGGAACUUCAAGCAUGGUGGAAUGAGAUUCGAACUGAAGGUCAUGCAGAUAAGAAGGAUGAACCAUGGUGGCCAGUUCUCAACACUCCUGAAGACCUUAUCAAUAUUGUCACCACCAUCAUGUGGGUACCUUCAGGGCAUCAUGCAGCAGUGAACUUUGGCCAAUACUCUUUUGCUGGAUAUUUCCCAAAUCGACCUAGUAUUGCUAGAAUCAAUGUUCCCCUGGAAGAUGUAAAUGAAGAGAAGUGGGAAAAAUUUAUUAAUAAGCCAGAGCAUGUCCUUUUAGAGACAUUUCCUACACAGCUUCAAGCGACGAAAGUCACGGCGGUUUUGAACAUAUUGUCAAGUCAUUCUCCAGAUGAAGAGUAUAUGGGAAAAGAUAUUGAAGCAGCAUGGGCUGAUGAGCCUUUUAUAAAGGGGGCAUUUGAGAAGUUCAGUGGAAAAUUGAAGGAACUAGAAGGGAUAAUUGAUGAAAGGAAUGCUGACCGAAAUCUAAAGAACAGACAUGGAGCUGGAGUUGCGCCUUAUAGACUUUUGAAGCCUGAAUCAGGGCCUGGAGUGACAGGACAAGGAGUUCCUUACAGUAUUUCUAUUUAGAACCCAUGGCAUAUUUGUUUUGAUAUGGGUUCAAUAACAAUCUCACUUAAUUAUGGUUUAAAUAAAGAGGUCAUAAGAGUUGCAAGAAUGUUGAAUGUGUCCAAACCACUCAGAAACA